UGAGUAAAAAUCAAUGGGUUUAUCCAGAGCAAACAUAAUGUGUCGGGGCUAACUGCACUCCCAAGGGUGAGUUUUAUUUAAAAAUUUCUGAAAGAUAAAUGGACUAAUAACACUAUCUGUACUUCAGGGAUACCUGCAAUCAUAUGUAUCUGCCGGCUGUUAAUCUAAUCCGAAUCCCAGUUGAACCACAGAGGAGGAGGACAAGAUAAUCAGCCAUGGCAGCUGAUCUAGAUGUGGCAAACCUGUUCGUCAUUGGUGGGGCAACACUGGCGAUUCCCAUUCUGGCCUUCAUCGCCUCCUUCCUUCUCUGGCCCUCGGCUCUCAUCAAAGUCUAUUACUGGUACUGGAGGAGGACGCUUGGCCUGCAGGUUCGCUACGCAGACUGUGGGGGGUAUCGCUUCUGUUUCUCAUGCAGAGGGAAGCCUGGGAUGAGACCUUCCAUUUUGAUGCUGCAUGGCUUCUCUGCUCACAAAGACACGUGGCUCACUCUGGUCAAGUAUCUUCCAAAACAUCUGCACAUUGUGUGUGUGGACAUGCCUGGCCAUGAGGGAACAUCACGCACCAACUCAGAGGAUUACUCGAUCCAGGGCCAGGUCAGAAGGAUCCAUCAGUUCGUGGAAACUAUUCGCUUGAGCAGAAAACCUUUCCAUCUGGUGGGGACGUCCAUGGGGGGAAACGUAGCUGGGGUUUACGCAGCUUGCUACCCCUCAGAAAUCUGUAGCAUGACUCUCAUUUGCCCAGACGGUAUCAGACAUCCGUGUGAGACCAAGUUUGACAAUCACCUGCAGGACCUGGAGCACAGCAAUUACACAUUAAAUAUCCCGCUGAUCCCCACUACACCCGAAGAGAUGGAGGACAUGUUCAGACUCUGCUCCCAUGUUCGCUUUAAAAUCCCUCAGCAGAUUCUUCAAGGGUUGGUAGAUGUUCGGCAGCCUCACAACACAUUUUACCAGGAUGUAUUUAUGGAGAUUGUUGGUGAGGAGUCGAGAUACGCCUUACACGAUCACCUACAUCUGAUCGCUGCACCUUUACAAGUGAUAUGGGGCAAAAAAGACCAGGUGGUGGAUGUCUCUGGGGCUGCGGUCAUCGCCGACGUGCUGCCUGGGUGCAGGGUGGACCUGCUGGAGAACUGUGGCCACUCGGUGGUGAUGGAGAGGCCGUGUAGGACCGCCAAGCUCCUCCUGGAGUUCAUCAUCCUGCAGCAGGGGGCCAAGGCGGGCACGAAGAAAUCCACCUGAACUAAAGACUUUAAAUCAUUCACCUCCUGCCGCACCGUGUGCUCCUCAUACGUGACGUGCAUGCACACACAUGCCUGGACACUUUGAUAACAAACACACUAAAGCAGUUAACCAGCUCCACAGUUUCUCAGAUGCUGAAAUAAAUCGCUUUUUGUGUGUUAUGAAAACCUGACAAUGACAAUAAAGAGCUCAUG